AUUCUUCAGAGGUACAUUAUUAUGUUUACUGGCUGCUGAACUGAGGAAAACAAACACAGAAAAGAUGAAAAACGCCACAGUGAAUUUCACCACAACUGAAGGAACAACAAACUCCACAACUCAGUCUUUUGAGUUAAUGGAUGGUCUGGAAAUCUGUGGGCAUGUCAUCUGUUUGUUAUUCGGUGUUCCAAUACACUCCUAUAUUCUAUGGUCCAUCGUAACAGGAACAGGAAGUGGAGUUGCAUCAGAGUUCUUCAUUUUCAAUCUCUCUGUUUGUGAGCUUGGUAUUUGUCUGAAUAAUUUGUUCUUGGUACUGUCAAUGUGUUAUACCAGUCUCUCGGGAUUUGAAAUGUUCUUGGCUGGACUCUUCUUCACCGGUCGUCCUUUGUUUCAUUGUCUGAUGUGUGUUGAGCGUUACCUGGCAGUGGUUCAUCCUGUAACCUUUCUGAAGUACAAACCUCUCAGAUAUAGAGUGAUCUGCUGCACUGUGGUCUGGUUCAUUGUUCUUGGCUGCUGUUUUUUGUGCCUGUUAGUUUCUGAUGAAAUGGAACUUCUAUUGUUCUUGGUGCAGUUCCUCCUCUUCUUCUUCAUCCAGUUGUUCUGCUGUGUGGCUGUUCUCAGAGCUCUGAAGCAGUCAGGACCAGGAGAGAGAGCGAGAGAGAGAAAGGAGGAAAACCACAUGAAGAGAAGAGCAUUUUAUCUCAUUCUAAUUACUAUUGUGAGCAUGGCUAUCAUAUACGUCCCAUAUAUAAUCAUAGUAUUUGUUACCGUUCUGAAACAUCAGGUUAUUAAUGCAGUUUGGUCCUUUGGUUUGAUUUGUUAUGUGCUGGCUGGUUUUGUUCAACCUGUUCUUUAUCUGCACAGUGCUGGAAAAUUCUUUCGGUCUUCAAAAUGA